UACUGUAGGUAGAAAGCACGUUGCUCUGACACAGAGGAGGAAGCUGUUGACUAUUUAAUCAUCUGUUUGAGCUACUGAGGUUUCUGACAUCAUGCCAACACCAAGAGAUGGAUGAGGCCAAACUGCUGUUCAAGAAGAGGACGUUUAUUCUUCUUUUUGGUCUGAACCAGGCAUUUUUGAUGUCCGUGUCCUAUGAAAGUUGGUUAACCUGCCAUAAAGGCUCUGUCAAAGGUGAAAACAUGCUUUUUGGGAUGGGAAAUCCCUUGCUUGACAUUUCAGCUGUUGUGGACAAAGAUUUCCUUGACAAGUUUGGCCUGAAGCCGAAUGACCAGAUCCUAGCUGAGGACAAACACAAAGCCUUGUUUGAAGAACUCGUCAAGAGGAACAAAGUCGAAUACCAUGCUGGUGGUUCUACCCAGAACUCAGUGAAAAUUGCUCAGUGGAUGAUCCAGAAACCCCAUAAGGUGGCUACCUUCUUUGGGUGCAUUGGCACGGACCACUUUGGCGAGAUCCUGAAGAAGAAGGCCGAGGAAGCCCACGUCGAUGCCCAUUACUACGAGCAAAACGAGGAGCCGACCGGUACCUGUGCGGCCUGUAUCACCGGAGACAAUAGGUCCCUUGUUGCUAACCUGGCAGCGGCAAACUGCUACAAAAAGGAAAAACACCUGGACUUGGACGGCAACUGGGAGCUGGUGGAGAAAGCCAAGGUCUAUUAUAUUGCGGGGUUUUUCCUGACUGUGUCCCCGGAGUCGAUCCUUAAGGUGGCAAAACACGCUUCAGAUAAGAACAAAAUCUUCUGCAUGAACCUGUCGGCGCCGUUCAUCAGCCAGUUCUUUAAAGAGCCCUUGAUGAAGGUUAUGCCCUACGUGGACAUCUUGUUUGGCAAUGAGACGGAGGCGGCCACAUUUGCCAAAGAGCUGGGCUUUGAGGCCUUGCAGCAGUUGCUAUGGAAACCUGGCAGUCGUCAUGGUUUCUUUGUUCAGCCAGCUCUCUGUUAUGACGCACUCUGCUAGGUCUGCACCCAACAUCGCCUACAGAUGUUAUUUAUUGAAUUUUGAAAAGCCUCUUGGGAAGCUGAGAAGUUGGGCAUGGUUUCAAGCCUUUCCCUGCAGGCUCGGGGCUCAUCAGGUUGCCUGGUUAAAAAGCCUCCUCAUUAUCUUCAUUGCACUCAGGGAUGAUACUGUAUGUCUUCUCUUCACUGCUAUAGCAUUACGCCACACUGAAACACACUGUAGUCUUUUAAUAACCAAAUUACAGCCACCUGUGGUUUUAGAUUAUGGAAAUGAAGAUUACAGUGCUUGUUACCUGCAUAGAAUGUACACUGUGUGUGUUUUCAAGGGGGGCUGCCUCUUAAGUGUGAAAUGAAUGUUCCCUUAGUCUAUUUUCUUUCCACGUAUUUUGCAUAUUUCUUGCAUUGCUAUUUAAAUGCAAAAUCAAAAAACACAAAUAGCCGGUGUGCGAGUUUUUUUUCACAUGGGCUCAGGUAUUUUAAGUGCCUUCUCUCUUUCAGAGGUAGUGCUGCCUUGAAUAUGGCUCUGCUCUGUGUGAAUAAUUGUCAUCCAGAAUCACUAACGGUGUGAUCAACGUGACUAGAAUAGAAAUGCAAUCCUGAUGGCAGUGACAGGUUUAAGAGAGGAGAAGGGAUGAAGGCGGGAGGCGUAGGGAGGAGGGGGGGUGCGAGUGGUAAUGGAGGGGCCUCACAUGAAAAAAAAACACAAAGGGCAAAGUGAAGACUCUCCUAGUAGUUACAAUUCUUUGACAUUUUCCAUGUCAACCUGAUUUGGCAGAACACUCUACGAAAUUGCAUUGGAUGAAUGUGAUUUCUCAGAUAACAUCAGUGGUGUGUACUGUACUUGCUGCAUUUCUAGAUGGUUGUAGUUCAAAGAUGUUUUCUUCACAGUUGUCUCUUUUCUCUCUCUCUUGUCACUUUCUGAUGACAAUUUCACUUUCCUUGAACAAGCUGGGCCCCAUAUUUCACAUUUACACUGAAAAAUCUUAAAAAAAAAAAAAAAAAAAAAGCACAGUAGACGGUAGCCUCGAGAAUUUUGAUUAAAGCAGGAAAUAGCAUACGUUCUUACACUAGUAAAAUUGUUGUUCAUGCAUACACAAUGCAUUUAUGAGUACGUCGUAGAGUAUGCAGCUUAACCCUCUGAGCUCCAAGCAAUUUCUAGGCAUUUUAUUUGCUCCUGUCACAUUUUUACUUACUGUGGGCUCAUUUUUCACUGCAAAUAAAGUCCUGCACCUCUAUGGAAACAGCACAACCAUUACUAGAAAUACAGAGAACUCAAAAAUGUCCUUUGUACAGUAUUGUACAGUUAUGAUGCCCUAACUUAUUAAAAACAAAAAGAAAAAUCAAAAGUAUGUGUACGUGUUUCAAACUGCUCAGAUAUUUUACCAAGACAUGAAAAAAUGGUGGCUGUAGAGACUGUAGAUAUUUUACUAUUUACAUUUUUUAUCUGUUUCCAUUGUUGUUACAUUACUGUUGGUUACAGCAGAAUCACAGAUGUCUUCCUUUUGUACUGAUAAAAAGCAUUUUUGUUUUGUUUGGUUUUUUGCUGAAUCUUUUGUGAAUUUUUAAAUGAGCCAUUUAGUUUUUUGAGUUCAGUUUGACAACAGAAAGGAUGAGUAAUUCAUGGACUCUGGAAAAGUUUAAAAUCCAACACUUCUUUCUGUUUUUACUGUUGUUAGCUUUCAAUAUUUGAAAAUGAUGACUUUUUAAAAAAGACAGCACCCCAUUAGCAGACUUUAGGUUUCAGAAAGUUGAUAAAUACACUACUGUUCAAAAGUUUGGGGUCACCCAGACAAUUCCAUGUUUUCCAGUAAAACUCCCACUUUUAUCCAUGUGUUUACAUAACUGCACAAGGGUUUUCUAAUCAUCAAUUAGCCUUUCAACACCAUUAGCUAACACAAUGUAGGAUUAGAACACAGGAGUGAUGGUUGCUGGAAAUGUUCCUCUGUACCUCUAUGGAGAUAUUCCAUUAAAAAUCAGCUGUUUCCAGCUACAAUAGUCAUUUACCACAUUAACAAUGUCUACACUGGAUUUAUAAUUAAUUUAGUGUUAUCUUCACUGAAAACAACUGCUUUUAUUUCAGAAAUUUCUAAGUGACCCCAAACUUUUGAACGUUAGUGUAAAUUAUUCUAUAUAUGCUUUGUAUGUCACACGUAUGUAAAAUUCUGAACAAUAAUCAGAUUCGUGAGCUUCAGCAUUAAUUACUGAGUUUCAACAUGUAUUUGACAAAAGAUUCAUAGCACAAGGUCCACUUAUUUGAAUUAUUCAGGGACUUUAAACGUCAAACGCCAUGGCCUUCAUCAGCAGAGGGCAUUUGCACAAUUGUGAUGGGGAUGAUUCAGAUGGUCUCUGGUGUCAUAUACAAGCACCUGUUGUGUCAGCCGAGAAAACUCUAUACUGUAAGAAAUUUCCUUUCUCUCCAAAUCAAAUUCAUAAAUAAUUCAUUCAUCAUUCAUUAAAUGCAGUGAAGUGUGCUCCGCUGGUAAGCAUUACAUGAAGCCAAAUAAAAACUGACAUUUGUUCAAACAAGAUUAACUCUUUUUCAUAACAUCUCUAUAUUGAAACAUUAAUUUUGACAUUGAAUUUUUUAUCAUAAUAAUUAAUUGUAAUUUAUUCCUAUUAUAUCAUCAAUUUUCUCUUAAAGAAAAACUAAAUACUGGUUCUACUAAACAUCCAACAGCAGCCACAAGUAAUAACUGCUGUACAAACUCAGUGAACAGAAGUGUGUCUGUGUGCAUUUUGAUUCUUUCAAGGCCAGUGAGGUUAAUUUAAGUUCAGUAAAAGUCCAGUUAAUUGACCAGUGUGGCCUUUUUGAGGGAAACUAUAAUUGCAUGUGGUCAAUUUCUGACCCCAAAGCACUGCAUGAUGUGCUUUUAAUACACUCUAAAACAGUCAUCAUCACAUUCUGACUGACUGACAAAAAAGACAGAAAAAUGUCUUCAGUAUAAACACAAAAAAGAAGCUUGUCCUCUCCAAAAGAGCAAUCAGCAGAUCUGAACAUAGUCGCCUGUUUGUGAUCUGUUUCCUUUAAAUGCUCAAAGCACUGCCUGCAUCACAGCUCUAAUUGAAUCUCUCUCUUGCAGUGUUCCUCAAGCAGCCUGCAGUGGAGACGAUCAGUUUCUCACUGGCUUCAGCACAGAAACACAAUUUAACACCCUUGUAAAGCUUUCAUAUUACACGCUUUGUUGAUUUAUGUCUGAUCAAUUGCCUCACGAUCGUAAAUAUUGCCAUUUGUCAGUAGUAAAACCAAAUUGAUCAUAUCAUUUGUCAAUUCAUUUGUCUUGCACUCAUGCUGAACGUUAUUUUUCUGCAUCGUUUUGCCCUAGGAAGUUGUCAGGUAAGUGUUUCUGCGAGGAGAAUAAAAAAACAGGAGAAAGUUGCCUAUAUGUGUGUGAACACUUGCAUUUGUGUGUGUGCCCUGCUCAACAGCCAUGAUGCUUACCCUCCCACCUCUGGCCCUUAGAACCUUUUAGCUCCUAAACCUGAGUAGAGCGCCGUUUUUAUGUCAGCGAACAUAAAACCUGAGGGUGACAAUGUGCCGAAGCCUGGUGUGGUUUUUGCAUUCAGUGUCUGGAGGAGUGCUUGUGGUUACAUCCAGUCACAGUGACAAAUUGCUCCUUUUUUUUUCUUUUUCGCCAUCGCCUGCUAACAGCCUCUGUAUUAACCUCACCAUUAGCACUUACUUAGAGUGUUACACCCAUUUUUCCUCGGCCCUGGGUCUCCCCGGACCUCUCAGGGCUGAUUAAAGGACAUUUGGGAAGCAUUUAGAGGUGUAAAAGCUCAUUGGUUUGAGUGAGCCAGUGUGGCUGGUGGUAGUGGGCUGGAGCCUAUCUCUCUGAUUACUCCCAUAAUCACAGUAUUUGCUCACCCUGAAGGUGCUCAAGUGUUAGCUUUGAUACAGAUGCUAGAGGCGUCUGCGAUCCCUAAUGCUAGCUCCUCAGUGUGCUGUAUUACCGAAAAGCAGUCCACCCCACUGCGAGACGGGCGAUAAAGACAUUCUACCUGCUCAUAGUACAUCAUGAUGAGUUAAUAAUAAAGUAGCACUGACAGGUGUGGGUUUUUUUUAUCCCUCUCAUGAUCAAAGGCAAGCACUCCGGAGAGUUCUGUCGUCUCCAGGCGAGAAUAUCCAUUCUGUGCAGAUGCUGAGCAGAGAUGGCCUGUUUCAGGAAGAGAAUGAUACAGUACACGCACCACCUAUCCCUUCAGCUCGCAAAAGUAGCUUUAUCUGACAACAGCGUAUCUUCACACGCUUAUUUUCAUCUCACUUAGGGAAUAUGACAUUCUAAUAUUUUGCAGCUUUUCCUGUAACUGCAUGGAAGCAUCAUUGAGCACUCCUAUUGAUCUAUUUCGAAACGGUUUCAUGGCCCAUCUGGUUUCAUUAUCAUUUGAUCUGUCUGCCAGGAUCGGAAAAAUCUGACCUCUCUCAGUCACACUUGUGAUCUUUGAUUAACUCCUCAGAAAUUGCUCUUCAUGUUGUAUUCAUAUUCACCCGGUUGAUCCGCUGUU